GUGCAUAGUCGGUGAUAAGGGUGGUACGCUUCCGGCCCCGUUCUCUACACCUCUCUUCUAUCUAUCGGUGGGAUUACUCUCUGUUCCUUUUGUUUUCCUCUCGCACCCCAUUGCCACACUUGACCCCCCCAGUUACGGAAACGUGUACGACAGAGGAACCAUUGAGACAGGCGGCCUCGUGCUCGAGCCCUCGACGGCGGCCUCGUCGGGCCUCGGUGCCCGGGGGCCAGCCCGUAACACGCGCUCAUGAAGCUCCUAGGCUCGUCUCGGUGCGGAACCAGCUACAAUAUCUGUACGCGGGCGUUACCCCGGCAUUCUUCUCGCGCGUACUAGUUAGGAACUCCGCCGCGACGGCAACCAGCCUCUAUGCUCCGCUGAAGGUGAUAUGCGGUGGAUCGUCGCCGGAAGAGACGCUUGCCUGAGCGCUGUGCGGGCCGGGAUCGAUCGAAUCGCGACCACGCGAUCACUUCACGAUCAUCGCGACAGGAUGAAGCGACACGGUGUCCGGGAUGAGACGUUCGAGCGCGAAAGAUAAUCGGGCAACUGUAUCCUCAAAGUGACCAGUUUUCAUUUCGGGGCUGUAUUACCGUGCGAACCAAGUGGUGGAGAAAGUGUGCAGGGGAAGAAGGGAGAGAGAGAGAGAGAGAGAGUACAGACUAGCGAAGGAAUAGAAAAUUGGAAGAAAGAGGAAGGAUGCGGGGUAGGAGAGGAUUGGAGGGAAGAAGGUGAAGGGAAAGUGUGAAAGUACAAGGGGUGGAUUGGACACAGAGGAGAGAAUAGAAUCUAGAGAUUAUUGGAAGGCUUGAAAUCGAAGUUCGGAGGAAAGUGUGAAAAGGGGAUUGAAACAGAGGAAGACAGAAUCGUGAGGCUGAUGAAGGAAUUGAGAACUCGAGGGUUGAGAGAAAUGGACAAGCGAGAAAGGUACUCGGAGGGACUGAGGUUUGUAAGAAAGUGUAAAAUAGUUCGGUUAAUAGAAUAAUACAGAGGACUUGAGAGCGAGCGAAGAGGAGAUUAGAGAAACUCAGACUUGAAGAGCAGCGGGGAAGAUACCCGGAGGAUAGGAGCCGCGAGAUAGUAUCGAGUAUAAGAAACUGCACAAAAAUAGAAACUUGAAAGAAUGGACAGUAUAUUCCAGGUAUAAGAAGUCACAAAAUAAAAGAAAAAUCGCUAGAACCACCAAAGGCACGAUAGAAUUGAGAAAAGGGAGGAAUUGAAUAGACAGAAACACCAUAAAACUGACCGAACAAAUGCAAAUUCGAAUAAAAUCGAAUUGCCCAGUAAUCGAACCUUAAAAGAUUAAAAAAAAAAAAAGAACAACUUCGAAAGAAAGAAGAAGGUAGCAGAAAAACUUGGGCGUGCAAAUAAACAACAGUACCAAAAAGAGGGAUGAAAAAGAACGGGUGAGAAGUACCGAAGAAAUUAAAUUUCGAAGUAAGCUAAGAAAAAAAAAAGGGCGGGAAAAGAAGAAGACAGAAAAACUGGCGUCCCAAGGACGUGAAGGUGGUUCCCGCGGGACUCGGACCCGUCGACGGACCAAUGCCGGCUCGUCGUCCGGCAUGCAAUGCGGCCUCUGCGCCGUCGUCGCGGGACUUUUCCGGCGCGCGAUGUGCAUCGCGGGCAGCAGACGCGGCUCCGGGGAAUCCUGCUACCAGGAGCUGACCACCGAGGCCCAGGCGCGACGCCACUCGCAGCUCGCGCCCAUCGAGACCGGCCUGAAGGCGGCUGAGAUCGCGGAACACGUUAAAGAGGCCGUUGAAACGCAGGAGAGGAGAAGCGCGGAGAUAACGGUGGACAGCGGGGAACAGAAUGCUGUGUUCGUUCGCAUUUCCGAAAACGCCGCGUUACCAACGUCCGGUGUAACAGCGACAUUGACGGAAGUCCACGAUGAACCUGCAACGGACACCGCCGCAUUCAGACGUUUGUCAGGAGUGGACCGAAUCCUGCUCGAGAGUUUGGAUAUCGGACACUCGAGGCCCAGGCCCACCGGUCGAUUCCUGACGAUGCACAAGAGACGCCGUAAGAGGCUUACCACGAGAUCCUUAACUCAGGAGCCCGGUAUCCUCGACGAUAUUUUCCAUGGCCUGGUUCAGUGCGUGUUACAAAAGGCCGGAAACUGGCGAUUUAAUGCGUUCACGCUGGAAACGGUGACGGGAGGACGUUCGCUGCCGGUGCUGUGCGUCCAUCUUUUUCACUGGUACGGUCUUCUGCAACACUUCAACCUGGACGUGGCAUCGGUGUGGAAAUUAUUCGCCUUCAUCGAGGAAGGUUAUCACAGUACAAAUCCUUACCACAACAGCAUACAUGCGACUGACGUGACUCAAGCGAUGCACUGCUUCCUCCAAGAGGAAAAAAUUAGGACGCACUUAACCAACUUGGAAAUCAUGGCUUCGCUGAUUGCUGCGGUGACGCACGAUCUGGAUCAUCCGGGCGUCAAUCAGCCGUUUCUGGUUGCCACGAGCAAUCACUUGGCCGCUCUCUAUCAAAACACGUCGGUUCUCGAGAACCAUCAUUGGAGGUCGGCGAUAGGAUGCCUUCUGGAGAGCGGGGUCUCGGAACAGCUGCCAGCUAACGUGAGGCCUGAACUCCAACGGCACAUCAGCUCGUUGAUUUUGGCCACAGACAUCACCAGGCAGCAAGAGUUUCUCAUUCGAUUCAAGCACUACUUGGACGAGAACUUGCUGGAGAUGAAACGCGCGGACGACCGGCAUUUCAUCCUGCAGAUAGCCCUGAAAUGCGCCGAUAUAUCGAACCCGUGCAGGCCCUGGGACAUCUCGCGCAAAUGGUCGCACAAAGUAUGCGAGGAAUUCUUCCGCCAAGGCGAUUACGAACGCCGUCUGAACCUUCCAGUCACCCCACUGUGCAACCGACAUACCACUAGCAUACCAAAGAUACAAGCUCAAUUCUUCAAGUUCGUCGUAACGCCUCUAUACGAGGAAUGGCAUCGUUUCCUUGGCGACGGGCUCAGCGUGUCAUUAAUGGAACAUCUGCGGGCUAAUCAGAAGAAAUGGGAAGCGAUGAUACUCCAGGAAGCAGCUGAGGAAACGGAAACAGAGAUCUCCGAGCUCGAAGAAGUCGAUGACGCGGUUAGCUCAAUUGAAGAUCCAGCUGGAGAGGAUGACACAGGAAGCAUCGACAUGCUCAUACCAGCUGCGUACGUACAAUCCUCUAAAAUGCAGAGUCUACCCGCUCGAGUUGGUUUGGAACGCGUCGGAAGACGUCAUUCCGUGCCAUUGAGCAUUACCAAGCCUCUGACAUUGUUGCCAAGAAGUAACAUCAGACGCGAGAGUCUGCCAAAUGAACAGAGCAAGUCUAGGACCCUUCUAUUGAGACUGGAGGAUCAAAGUCUCUUGGAGCCUAGCUCGUUGUCUCUAUUGUCGUCCAAGAACAGUAUACCGGAACUAUCUCCAAACGCCAAUGCCAAUAACACAGAGGAAAGACCAGUUAGUGCUGAGAGUCUCCUGCCUGAACCUAGCAUAGCCAGUAUUACUAACAGCGCCGAGGCGUCGAGAUUAAGUACGGUAUUACAACCAGAUGCUCAGAAACCAACCGCACAGGCGAAACAGUUGACCAGACAGCAAACCUUCCCUCCGCUACAACCGUGCGUAAGAAUGAGGUAUUUGUCCACGACAGCGGAGAUGUCGCAGUGCUUCACACAGAUACUGAUGGAGGCGGACAGUUCUAGCUCCUCCUCGCACUCUGUGAAGGACAAAUCCUGUUCAGAUGGCCGUUGCGGUACUCCUCCAACGAACGAUGGAGAUAUAUUGCAGAUAGACUCUUCUAGUAAUGUUAAAUUAUCGAGAGAGGAUAUAUUGAACAAGAGACGAGGUUCGGCUAUUUCAGAGAUAUUUAGACAAAAAACAGAAUCGAUGGCGACUAUCGAGCAUCCUCGUCGCCAUUCUGUACAAACUAUACGUAUAGAUGAUACGAGCUUCAAGAAUCGUUAUAAAAGACCGAUUUCUACUCAGAAUACGGAUUCUACGCAAGCUUUCCUGGCAUCAUUGACUAGUUCACGUUCUGAGAAAGAUAGUAGAAGCUUAGAGGUAGAGGUCAAGUUCGACGGUACUUCAGUUUCCAAGACGAAGCUGGAAAGUGAAAGGUCGAUAGAAGAGGAGCAAAGGACUACUACUACUUCUUCUGUGGCGUUCAGUAAAAUGGAACAGUGCGGUUUGAUAGCGGUUACUGGUAAACCAAAGUGCGCUGAUCCUGAAUUACGAAGAUACUCAACUCCUGUGCCAGAAACUAAGACAAUAACGACUGAUCCCGGUGGAAGACGAUUUACCGCGAUACCAGUGUCCUCUGAACUUAGCACGCAUAAAGUGUUCUUCAUCGGUAGCCCGCCGGACUCGCCACCCCUUGUUCAGAGCGUGUCCUCGUCGAGCGACAGUGGCAGUGAGCUGCGAAGAGGAGAGGGUAAUAAUGAAGUUAUUUCCACUGGAAACAAGAGAGACUCGGACACUGUAAAGGAGAGAAGCUCAAAAAUUGCCAAAUUGAGCCUAGAUACGCAGAUGAAAGAAAAUGUUGAUCCACGGGCGGUGGAGGACUCAAAGGGGAUUACUUUGCCUAGGAAGGGUAGCCAGUCAUGGGCUAGAAGGCGUGGAUCGGCUCCAGUUGGUCUUCUUUCAAGAUUGGAUGACAUCACAGUACCACCUAUAACAACUAGAGUUGACCAUACUUGUAGACGAGGAUCUGUACCGACUGACAUCACUAGGCAUCAAAGUGGAGGCGUUAAUAGACUAGCGUUAGGUCCUAGAGAGGGUAACGUUUCAGCACCUCGAAGAGCAAGUCUUCCGCAAGAAACUGCUCUUGGAAAUCUCCUUGGCAAUAUUUUAUCUUUAACCAAUGACCGAGAGAAUCUCCCCAUAAAUAAUAAUAAUAUUAAUAACAAUACCGGAACUAGCAACAAUAACGGAAUAACAAGAAUAAUUGAUUUCACCGGUCCUGGCAUGCCAUCGCCGCGGCGAGGUUCAGUGCCGGCAGACAUAUCUGAAUUACGCCGUGAUAUGUUCAAUAGGAGUAGCGUAAAUGGUAAGCCUCGUAAUCGGAAAAAGGUAUUAAGGAGAAGGAGUUCUGGAGGACCAGAAAUGUUUUCUGGAGGAUCCACAGAUGGAAACGAUAAUGGCACAUUGCUUAAAUGGAAGAGUUCCCUGCCCAUAGAGAUGGUGGCCAUUUCUCAUGCUGGAUCAGGAUCAGGGGCACGAAGAUCCAGCUUGUGGAGACUUUAGCAAGCAGUAGAAACAAGUGGACCGUCCGUAUUACCAGCGGUUGACAUCAGAUCAUCGAAUACUACCGUACUGACAGUCUUUCCUUACAACG